GCAGCGGAGGGCGUUGCGCCGUGUGUGGAGCGGGAACUUGCGUAGCGUACGAGUGCCGGCCUUCCGCCGCUUGCUCUUUCUUCUGGUGAGGCUCGGCGUGGUCACCGACGACGAGUGCCGGCCGGACGGCCGGGCUCGGCGCCAUGAUACGGCGCACGAAGCCCGAGGUGGAGAGAUACGUCGCCUCCGUGCAGGCCGCCGCCUCCUCUCCUAGAGAGAGAUCGUUGAAAGGAUUCCUUUUUGCUAAGCUGUAUUUUGAGAUAAAAGAAUAUGAACUUGCUAAAAGAUAUAUUUCUACUUAUCUCAGUGUCCAAGAGAGAGAUCCCAAAGCUCACAGGUUUCUGGGACAGAUUUAUGAAGCUCAGGAUAACAUAGAAAAAGCUUUUGGGUGUUACAAGCGUUCUGUGGUGCUGAAUCCAAGGCAGAAAGAUCUUGUGCUGAAGAUUGCAGAGUUGCUGUGUAGUAACAACAUCACUGAUGGAAGAGCCAAGUACUGGGUUGAGAAAGCUGCCAGGCUCUUCCCUGGGAGUCCUGCUGCUUACAGACUGAAGGAGCAGUUACUGGAACAUAAAGGUGAAGAUGGAUGGAAUCAGCUCUUUGAUAUGAUUCAGACAGAACUCUAUGCGAGACCAGAUGAUAUCUACCUGAACAUCAGACUGGUUGCUCUCUACCGUUCAAAUAAUAGGUUAAGAGAUGCUGUGCUUCAUUGUCAGGAGGCAGAGAAGAAAAUACCAGUAGACUCAAGCUUGGAAUGGUGUUCAUGUGUCAUAAAGACAUUUGAGGAAUACCUUGAAUCAGUUCGAGACUUGGAAUCUGAUAAAAAUAAUUGGAGAGCUAUCAAGAAAGAUCAUCUGCUGGCCUAUGCUAGCUUUGUUAAAAUGACGCUUGCUUCCAGAGAUGUUCGAGAAAGCAGAGAGGCACUUGAAAGUUUUGAUCGUGUGCUUCACUCUGUGAAACCAUAUGUGAGUGGACCUGAUGAGCUGUCUCGUACCUUCCUUGAAAUGAAAGGACACUUCUACCUGCAUGCUGGAACUUUCCUUCUGAAAAUGGCCCAGAACAGUGAGGCGCAGUGGAGAGAUGCAUGUGAACUUGCAGCAUUGUGUUAUCUGAAAAGUUUCUAUGUACCUAAACCAAAGUCAAAACUAAUAAAAGGAGAUCCUGCUGGGCAAGAUAUGCUGGAAAUGUUGGCCUGUGACCGAAAAAGCCAGUCUGGCCACAUGUUGCUGAACUUAAGCCACGGCAAGGAAGACUUUUUGAAAGAGAUUGUGGAAUCUUUUGCAAACAAAAGUGGUUUAUUUACGUUGUUUGAAAGCCUGUUUGGGAGUGGAGCUUCUAGAGAGAGAUCUUUCCUUGGCACAGAUGAUGUGGGAAAUGUCAGUACACAAGCACCAGUUCAAGGAGAGCUGAGUAAAUACGAUGUUGGUGCUGUUCGAAUGCACAGUGGCAGUCUCCAGCACCUUGUUUGGCUUGGCUUGCAGUGGAAUUCUAUGUCAGCGUUAUUCCCGCUGCGCAAAGUAUUAAAACAGCUUUUUCACUUGCCACAAGAAACAUCAAGACUUGAAACAGAUGCUCCUGAAUCCAUCUGCCUGCUGGACCUUGAAGUUUUUUUACUUGGAAUGGUGUUCACCAGCAACUUACAAUUGCAAGAGAAGUUUAAUACUCACUACGGCACGCAUCAACCUGCAUUCUUACCAUUGCUGCUGUGCAAACAGUACUAUACUGAGAAGCAGAGAUCCUGGUGGGAUGCAGUUCGUACUCUGAUGCAGAAAAAAACAACGCCAGACUCAGCAACAAAACUGAAGCUUCUUGUACAGCAUGGAUUAAGUACUCUGCGAGCCCUGGAGGAACACGGCCUUCAGCCUGCCUUAAUUAUCCACUGGGCAAGAAGCCUGCAAAAAACAGGCACUAGCCUUAACUCCUUCUACGACCAGAAAGAAUAUAUUGGAAGAAGUGUCUACUAUUGGAAGAAAACUUUGCUUUCUUUGAAAAUGAUCAAAAAGCUCAAAAGUAUUCCUGAGCCUACAGAUCCUCUGUUCAACCAUUUCCAUAGUGUGGACAUUCAGGUCUUUCAGGUGGCAGCCUAUGAAGAAGAGGCACAUAUAGCAUUUGCAAUGUUGGAUGCGGUUGAAGGCAGAACUGAUGAUGCUUUAUUAGCAUUUGAAGCUAUUAAGAACGUGGUUUCAUACUGGAAUCUUGCCAUACUUUGCCAAAGAAAGGCAGAGGAGAUGGAGAGCGAUGAUAUGUUGCCAGAAGAACAAGAAGAACACAAAACCUAUCUUCUUAAAAGAAAGCAUUACCUGAUGAAGAUCAUCGAUGAAAGCUCCUCUGAUCCAUCAGUAGCUGACAAACUGCCAGUAUCUAUUGAAACUGUAACGGAAAUGCUGAAUGCAGUGAGCCAGGAGCUUGGGGAGAAUGAUGAAGAGGAAAGUUUUGCCUCCGGAAACAUCUCCCAAGCUGCACAUCUGGAAGUAAAACAUUCAAUUCCAUCACCUAAGAAAUUAUCUUUCUCACCAACUAAUACCUACAAGUUUUCUCCUAAAACUCUUCCUCAGUGGGCAGAAGAUCAUAAAUCUUUACUUCAGAUGCUCUGUCAGCAAGUGGAAGCUUUAAAGAAUGAAAUGCAGGAAAUGAAACUCAACAGUUCCAACGUAAGUGUGUCAUCUCAUCGGUGGCCUGCUGAAAGCUAUGGAACUGAUCCUAUGCCAGAUGGUUAUCAGAGAGCACAAAAUCUUCAUGAAGCUCCUUUAACGGUUGCUACCACUGGCCCAUCUGUGUACUAUAGCCAGUCACCUGCUUAUAACUCCCAGUAUCUUCUAAGAACUGCUGCAACCAAUGUAACACCAACAAAGGCGCCUGUCUACGGCAUGAACAGACUUGCACCUCAGCAACAUAUAUAUGCUUAUCAACAACCGAUCCACACCCCACCUCUGCAGAACACUUGUGCCGGUGUGUUUCCUCAAGACAUCUAUGCUACACCUUUGCGUUUUGAUGCUCCUGCUGCUGGAAUCAUUUCACCUCGUGGAGGCGAUGAUUACUACAACUACGGUGUUCCACAGGCGAGCACCAAUCCGCCACUACCUGAACCAGGCUAUUUUACAAAGCCUUCGGUUGCACCCACGACUUUAAAACCUGCAGAAUCCAAAGGGGUAGAAUUUUCAAAAGCUAAAUUUGGGCAGCCGGGAGCAGCUGAAGGGUCAAAGCCGCCUCAGCCAACAACCUUUAAAUUCAACACUAACUUCAAAUCUAAUGAUGGGGACUUCACCUUUUCUUCUCCUUUAGCUGCCACACAGCCUGCUAAUGGCGCUUUCAACAGCAGUGAACGCCUUUUGAAGCUUUUAACAUCAGACAAACCUUUACAAGAUGAGAGGUGCAUUGAACAAAAAGGAGUUAACAGUCACGCAAAUGGCCAAAGAAAUGUCUUCAGUUUCAGUAAUAAGCAUACUUCAGGUGUCUCUCUUACAGAAAGCGUGGGACAAAAUGCGCAUAAAAACCUGUCUUUUGAAAAGAGUGAAAUGUUUAACUUCCAAGAACCAAGCAAGCAAUUAUUUAUGACUUCAAAUUCCGACUUGGCCAAUAGAAGUCAUGAAACAGAGGGAGGAAGCACCCAUGGUGGUGAUGAGGAUGAUGAUGGACCUCAUUUUGAACCUGUGGUGCCACUCCCUGACAAGAUUGAAGUAAAGACAGGCGAGGAAGAUGAAGAAGAGUUCUUCUGCAACAGAGCUAAACUGUUCCGGUUUGAUGCAGAAUCUAAAGAAUGGAAAGAAAGAGGUAUUGGAAAUGUGAAAAUACUGAAACACAAAGUAUCUGGCAAAUUCCGUCUCUUAAUGAGAAGGGACCAAGUACUAAAAAUCUGUGCAAAUCACUACAUAAAUACUGAUAUGAAAUUAACUCCAAAUGCUGGAUCAGAUAGAUCAUUUGUAUGGCAUGCUUUAGAUUAUGCAGAUGAGCUGCCAAAGCCAGAGCAGCUUGCAAUUCGAUUUAAAACACCAGAGGAAGCAAUGCUUUUCAAAAGUAAGUUUGAGGAGUGUCAGAAUGUGUUAAAAACAUCAGGAUCAAGUGCUGAUGCAUCCUUGACUCGGAGCACUGGAACUGCUAAAGAGGCAACAAGUCAAGAUACCAAGGAAUCUUGCGGGUCAACAUUAGGGAUCUUGAACUCCGUAUUUCGGUUCUCAAAAGAUAGUGUGACCAGCGAAUCUGACAGCAAAGGCAGUUUUACGUCAACGUCAACCGCCCCUGCCACUUUUUCAUUUGGAAAGGAAGCCAUACAAACCUAUUCCUCUGGCGGAUUUGGACAGUCUCCCUUGAAGAAGAAUCAGUGGGAGUGUAAAGUAUGUUUAGUUCCGAACGAAGCAACUGCUAAGAACUGUGUCUCAUGCCAAAGCCCAAAUCCAGAUACGUGGGACGCACAUGGCAUCCCAGUAAGUGAAUCUGCUGCAAGUUUCAAAGCCAGCGGUAGUGCCACACAGGACAAAUUAGGAUCUGCCUUUGCUAAAAAGGAAGGUCAGUGGGACUGUAGUAUCUGUUCAGUAAGAAAUGAACCCACUGCCACAAAAUGUGUUGCCUGCCAGAAUCCAAGCAAAACUAAUUCAGAAGUAUCUCCUCAACAAUUUUCCUUUAAACUGGAACGACUAGAUGCUCCAAAGACUACUCAGAAUGACUUGGGAACUGCUUUUUCACUGAAAGGUCAGUGGAACUGCUCUGUAUGCCUCACCCAGAACGAAGCAAAUGAUGAAAACUGUCGUUCUUGUCAGAGUCCUAACUCUCAAGGUCAACCACAUGUGCCAGUAUCUGCUGUUCAGGCGCUUCCUGCUCCCAGCUUUGGAUCUGCUACUGAGGCAAGUAAACCUCAGAAGAAUGCAUUUGCAGAGCUUUUUGCUAAAAAGGAAGGACAGUGGGAUUGUAAUACUUGUUUUGUAAGGAACGAAGGUUCCUCACCAGCUUGUGUAGCUUGCCAAACACCAAAUCCAUCUAGUAAGCCUACCAGUGAUGUUUCAUUGUUGACUUCUGACUUGAAAAGUAAAUCAUCUGAACCUGUUGGAGGACAACCGGGAACGGGUUUUAAGUGUGAAUUCUUAGGAAAAAGCUUUAAGUUUGGUCAUGCUGAUCAAGGGAAAACACCAGCAUUUACAUUUCAGAAUCUUGGAGAUGCUGAAGCAAAACCUGCAAAGGAAGGAUUCAGCUUUUCAAUGUUGGUGCCUCCAGGUGGAUUUAAAUUUGGCAUCCAGGAAUCCAAUAAAAAUACUAGUAAGAAAGAUGAUCCACCCAAGGAGUGUACAACAGACUUGAAAAACGUUGACGAAAAAGACAAAAGUGAACUGCCUUCAAGUAGUGGAGUUACACUCCAAUCUGAGGAAACAGCAGACAAGGACAAGGGUGAGUUUACGUUUGGCCAGAACAGCAGUAGUACUUUUACUUUUGCUGAUCUUGCAAAAAGUACCCCCAGUGAAGGCUUUCAGUUUGGCAAAAAAGAUCCUAACUUUGAAGGCUUCUCAGGUGCAGGUGAACAGCUGUUUUCUUCAAAGGUUUCUCAGACUGGUCACAGAGCAAGCACCUCUGCUGAUCUUGGUGAGAAGGAUGACGAUGUGUACAAGACUGAGGACAGUGAUGAUAUUCAUUUUGAACCGAUAGUUCAGAUGCCUGAAAAAGUAGAACCGUUUACAGGAGAGGAGGAUGAGAAAGUGCUGUACUCCCAAAGGGUGAAGCUAUUCAGGUUUGAUCCAGAAACAAGCCAGUGGAAAGAACGUGGGGUGGGCAACCUGAAGAUUCUUAAAAAUGAAGUGAAUGGCAAAGUAAGGAUACUAAUGCGACGCGAGCAGGUACUGAAGGUAUGUGCAAAUCACUGGAUCACAACAACUAUGAACUUGAAACAGCUGUCGGGCUCAGACAAAGCAUGGAUGUGGAUGGCCAGUGACUUCUCUGAUGGCGAUGCAAAGCUGGAACAGCUGGCAGCGAAGUUCAAAACACCAGAGCAGGCUGAGGAGUUCAAACAGAAGUUUGAAGAGUGUCAGAAGCUACUGCUAGAUAUACCACUGCAGACACCCCAUAAACUUGUCGAUACAGGCAGGACAGCUCAGCUUAUACAGAAAGCAGAAGAAAUGAAGACCGGCUUAAAAGAUCUCAAAACGUUUCUGACGGAUGACAAAACUAAACUAGCAGAAGAAGAAAACAUAAGCUCUGCCUGUGCUGGUGGCACCUCUGAUUCUGUCACAGAGCCACACGCUGAAGGUACUGGGCCUGCUGUGGAGUGGAGCAACUGUGAGUUGCGUGAGGAAGCAUUGGAUGACAGCUUAAGUAGCUCUGUGUAUGCAUCACCUCUUGCAAGCAGCCCUGUAAGGAAAAAUCUGUUUAGAUUUGGAGAGUCUACAGCAGGCUUCAAUUUCAGCUUUAAAUCUGCCUUGAGUCCAUCCAAAUCUCCUGCCAAGCAGAACCAGAGUGGAACAUCUGUGGGCACGGAUGAAGAUUCUGAUCUUACUCAAGAGGAGGAGAGAGAUGGGCAGUACUUCGAACCCGUAGUACCUCUGCCUGACCUUGUGGAAGUGACUAGUGGCGAGGAAAAUGAGCAAGUUGUCUUCAGUCAUAGAGCUAAACUCUAUAGAUAUGAUAAAGACACAAACCAAUGGAAGGAGAGAGGUAUUGGGGAUAUCAAGAUACUGCAGAACUAUGACAGCAAACAAGCACGCAUAGUAAUGAGAAGGGAUCAGGUACUAAAACUCUGUGCCAACCACAGAAUAACGCCAGAUAUGAAUAUGCAACAAAUGAAAGGAUCUGACAGAGUAUGGGUGUGGACAGCAUGCGAUUUUGCAGACGGGGAAAGGAAAAUAGAGCUGCUAGCAGUGCGGUUCAAACUGCAGGAUGUUGCAGACUCAUUUAAGCAAACUUUUGAUGAAGCAAAGCAAGCCCAAGAGAAAGGCACAUUGAUAACGCCUCACGUUUCUCGUACCAAUACAGCAAAAGAAUCUCCUUGUGGUAAGAACGCUGUAGCUGUACUGGAAGAAACUACCAGGGAAAGAACUGACCUCAGCCAUGGUGAUGAUAGUUCUGACACUGUUGUAGAAGCUUUAGAGGUAUCGAGAAGUACCUCUGAAACGCCACCCAAAACAGUGGUUUCUCCUCCAAAGUUUGUAUUUGGAUCUGAAUCUGUCAAGAGCAUUUUCAGUAAUGAGAAGUCAAAGACAUUCACAUUUGGAAAUACUUCAGCCACCGGUUCCCUCUUUGGAUUCAGCUUUAAUCCUCCAAGAAAAAGCACAGAUGAUAUUUCAGCAUCUCAGAAAGCAGAACAGAAAAAAGUGGGAGUAGCUGAACCAUCUAAAAGCUGCAGUGCAUCUCAGAAACCUUCGGACAGCAAGGCAUCCAAUGUGGCUCCCUCAGCACAGGAUGGACCCUCCAACUUCUCAUUUAAAAUUCUGGAAAAAGGUGAGUGUGAAUUGAACAAGGAGCUUAUUCAAGUGUGCAACUCGUUAAUGCCAGUCAUUGUGUUAUUUCUUCUGUCUUAAUAAAAUGUAGUUUCUUUCAGUUCUAAUGUCCAUAUGUGAAUCUUCAAAUUCUAGACUUUCAACUUGAGUGAAUAUUCAGGUUGCAGAUUAUUUGCACAUAAAGAUACAAACGUGCCUUGUACAGGAUUUGGUGUUACUCUGUAGUGAGAGAGAAUUGCCGGUAGGAUUUUGGAAUCUUGAUGAGGUGCUGAAAAUGUCAGGGUUAAGUGCUGAAAGUGCAUUUUUUGAGUUGAACUGGUAAUGUAUGUGCACAGGCCUCGCUCUGACUGGUAAGCUAUAGAACAGCACUUGUGCUUAAGCUUAAACUCAGUUAUCUCUAUGACUGUGUGGAUGGGUAUUCUGAAACUACACGCAGUACAUUUGCUUGAAGACUUCCAUGAGUGGUCUGUGCAAUUCCUGAUGCACAGUCUAGCUUUUCUUAGCUUGAAAAGAGAUCCUGUGAUUACGUCCUCAGUUACACAGGCUCUGAUACUAGCUGAAGGCUGAGCUUGCAGAAGCAGUGGCUGCAGUGUGUUCACGUAAUGUGCUCAGGUAUCUUUGUGCAGUGACAGGGAUUUGCUGGCGUUGUACUGAUAGAGGACUUCAUGCACUGCUUCCUACAAUUGCAGGACUGUUUCAGCAGGUGGUGCCUUUUAAUAUCUAUAGCAGUCUCUGUCGUAUGAAGGCAAACUGUUUCUUAACUGUAAUACACUAAGUGAGAUGCUAGAGAUGUUGACUGCAGUUUAUUCAUAGGGGUUGGAUAAGCUUGUGUAGCAUUCAAUGUGAGUUUUCCUACUGUGAUGUGUAACUGUGGAAUGCUUCCAGAACGUGGAUAGGAAUAAGGUUUGUUUUACCCCCUUGAAAAUUUCAGUUAAACAUUUCUCUCCACGCCAUUUAUUUUCUAGGAUUUAAUUUUAGCCUUUUUAAAUCUAAUCCAAUGGCCUUUUGGACAAGCACAUCUUCCUUGCAAGCUGCUAGUAAAGGUAUUUACACGCUGCACUGAAUGUGUGAUGAAAAACACUUGAGCAGGCACAGCCAGCAGCCAGCCUGUGGCAGAGCAGUUGGCUCCUAAUCCUGACAGUUAACAUGCAUGCUGGAGGAGAGUGCUUCAGAUUGUCUGAGUGCUGUAUUUGUGCUGCAGGAGAAUGUCUGUAGCCUGUGAUGUGUGAGCACAGUGGAUGGCCCUGUUUAGGCUUUGGCUUUGGUUUGCCUUCUGUUCUCAAGGUAUUCAGAAAUCUGCCUCGUGCUUCUCCUUCACAGUUUGACUGAUCACGCAUGCAGGAUCCGUAAAAUUCCUCCUUACUAAAGGAACUGUGUUCUGCUUUUAUUACUCUUGAAGUGUGCAUCUCUUCCUGCCUGAAGUCUUCCAUGUUACUGAUGUAUACUGGAAGAUUUCAAGGCAUGUUGACUAGCAAAAUGUGAAUUUAGUAUUGAAUUUGUAUUUAGCUCUGUUGGAAAUAUUGAAUUCAAUUUCCUGAUUACCAGCCUUAACUUCUACAUUUGUGCAGAGGAGCAGAGAGAAAUGAGAGCCACAUUCAGCUCGUUGAUAUGUAUAUGCUUCAUAUAUAGUAUGGAAUCCACCUUUGCUACUCAUAAAGCUUUUGCUGAUGUAACCGACCUGUUUACCUCCAGAAUCCCUAACCAUGCUAUUACACCUUUAGUUUGUGUCAUUUUAAGAUGUUUUAAACUGUGCUCCUUGCAAGUCUUCUUGCUAAUCAGAGCUCCUCAUGGGGAGCAUCUUUCAGUCAAUGGUUUCUGAGUUUUGCUCGAGCAGCUCAAAAGAAAUUGAACCCCAACUUGUUUGCCACGGAGAUGCAAAAAACCAGAACUUUCCUUAGGUUGUUUUUUUUUUUUAGCUUUUUUCCCAAGCUUUCCCCAAGUGCUCAGCAGCUCAAGUUCACAGUUGUGUCAGUUGUGUGUUACCCUGUCACUUCCUUGUGUAAGGAUUUAAGCCUUAGUGCUUUUCACUUCAUGUGAAGCAGCUUUUUACUGACAUUGAGAGGGUGUAAAAACAGACUGGUUAGGUAUUAAGUCUAUCUGGUCUUUAUGUCAAAGCUGAACUAAAAGUGAAAUGUUCCAACUGUUGUACAUGAUGUUGCUCUUUCUUUUGUUCCUUUUAUCUACUAAGAAUUUUUUGUUUGGGUUUUUUUUUCCCUUUGACUGGGAAGUUCUGUUAUGACAAAACCAACCAAAGCCAACAGUCUUUCAAUAUACUCUGUGCACCCUUGGCACUGCUCUAGUGGCAAUCUAUGAAGAUAAAUUCAAGCUGCUUGCAGCUUAUAUAAGUAAGAAAAAUUAAUUUUCUUGCAGGGAGGCUGAAUGAGAACUGAUGUAAGUGAUCUAGCAAACGUCUUCCUCAGCCUUAAUAUUCUGAGGGUCAACACAGGUUUUAAUCCUUAGUGUUGCUGUUUUUGUCACUUCUUUGAGUAGAUUUUGGGACCACUGUGAUCUUAAUCAGCUUCUGGUCCAUUUGUGGAGAGCUUAACCUGUGGGUUGAUCUGAACUGGCUUAGUGUGUUUCUAAUCUGUUUCUUCUGUUCAGCUGCUUUGCACUAAGGUUCUGUUCAGCUUGUUCAGCUAGUUUGCACUGAGUUCAUCUGUGAUGAACUGGAUGUGAACUUGCUUGACUGCUUAGCUGAUCUGAGUGAAUAAAGCACCUCCUUCCAGGCAGCAUGCCUGCCUACUGCUGUAGCAUGGUACUAGAUGCCACCAAUUGUGAUUUAAAUCAGCUGGAGUUACUUUGUAUGUGUGUAAAGUUCUGAGAAAAUAUAUUAAAU